AUGUCGGGACCUCUGGGUAGAAUUAUUGCGCAGGUUGUUGUCAUGGGUGCGGGCAUCGUGUCUAAGGCAUUUGUACACGCCUACCAACAAGCAGUCCAAAACGCGCGCUCAGGUAACGCUGCUGCCAUGAAGACCAAGGCAGUAGUGCGUAAAAAUCAAAUGUCCACUCAGCAGGCUCGUGAGAUUCUCAACUUUCCCGUUAGUGGUCCGGCCCCAUCAUUGGAGGAUGUUCAACGACAAUUUAAAAGAUAUUUUGAAGCGAAUGACCCGGCAAAAGGCGGCUCCUUUUACAUACAGUCUAAGAUUUACCGAGCAAAAGAGGCGCUUGAGCGCCAAAAUCUGGACGAGGAUGACUUCAAACGUUAG